AUGUUAUUAGUACAAACAGUUAAAUUUGUCCUUCUUUUCGUCUACGUGACAUCUGCAUGGGCUAAUCCUGAGUUCGAUGCAGAUCCUACGACCGUUGAAGAUGCCCGCAAUAGACCCAGCAUUUGUUUUCUUCCUCCAAUAGAAGGCUCAGUUCAGUGCAAAGGCUUUUUUAUCCGCUGGACUUACAAUGCCCAAACGGAGAAAUGCGAGAAAUUUAUUUACGGGGGCUGUUUUGGUACUGCGAAUUUGUUCAGGAACCAACACGCCUGUCUAGCCAAGUGCAAUAGAAAAGGAUUAAAUGAGCUGAUCAGUGAUGGAGGUUCUUCCAUAUGUUUACAAAAAAAAGACGAAGGAAGUCGAUCAUGUUCGGCAUCCAUUCCCAGCUACUUUUUCGAGGCUGCUUCCGGAUUAUGCAAACCAUUCCGAUUUAGCGGAUGCGACGGAAACGGCAACAGAUUUCCUACAGAACAGGAAUGCGAGCAGGCCUGCUAUUACGGUCCGUCAGUCGCAGCUGUUUGUGAUCCUGCAUUAACCACUGUAUAA